AUGACUGGUAUAUAUGAGGGUUUACAGGCUCAAAUAAAAAAAAAAUGCAGUGUUGCUUUAUUUGCACCUUGUUUUGCUCAUUCCCUAAAUUUAGUAGGGACACAUACAGUGAAAUGCUGUUUAGAAGCAAUAMAUUUUUUUGGUGUUGUUCAAAAAAUGUAUGCAUUUUUUGUGGCCUCAACACAAARAUGGAAUUUGCUUUUGACUGGYUUACAAUCGGAAGAAAAAAAUAAAAUAAUUGUUUUGAAAACUUUAAGUAAUACUAGAUGGGAGUGUCACGCGGAGUCGUGUAAAGCUAUUACCUUAAAUUAUGACCAAAUUAUAUGUACAUUAACCGAUAUUUUUGAAAAUGUUAACGAAAAACAAGAAAAUCGUCAUGCUGCUAAAUCAAUMAAAAAUAAAAUGAUAAAGUUUAAAACAGCUUUUAUGGCAGUUAUGUGGAGUGAAAUUUUAUCGCAAUUUAACAGUGUUAGUAAAUACCUUCAAAAACCGGGGAUAGAUUUAUUUACAGCUGUAAAUUUAYUAAAAGGAUUAAAAACUUAUGUCAGUUCAUUAAGAGAGAAGUCUGUAUAUUUUGAAAACAAAGCAAAGGAAUUAUCAACUAAUAUUUUGCCCUGUGGAGAAAAAAUUGUUAGAAAAAAAAAAUUMUCGGAUGGUACAAUAGAAGGAAAUUCAAACUUAUGCGAAAUAAGAAAGUUGGAGGUUGAWACUUUUUAUGUUAUUAUUGAUUGUUUAGUUACUGAACUUGAUAAAAGAUUAAACGCAUAUGAUAAUCUUUGUAGUAUUUUUGGGUUUAUUACAAAAUUCAGUUCACAAUUAUUAUCAGAGACUUCUGCCGACAUAUUCAUUAGCACAUUUAAAGAUGAUAUUGAUACAAUAAAUAUAAGACAAGAGAUUGUGCACUUUUCUAGUUAUGUAAUGCAGUUAAAUUUACCAAUAAUUUCUCCUCAAAAUAUUUACUUAUAUGUAYAUGAAAAUAAUUUAAAASAAGUCUUUCCAAAUGUGUAYAUUUCUCUACGACUUUAUUUAACUUUGCCAGUUUCGAAUUGUGAAGCAGAAAGAACAAAUUCAAAAUUAGAGCUAAUUGAAAAYGCCAGAAGAACGUCCCUUCACCAAGAAAAAUUAAAUUCACUCGUUCGUCUAUCCGCUGAAAGGGAUAUAACUAAUACACUUGAUUUUUCAGAUCUAAUUAAAAAAUUUAGUGAACUAAAACCUAGAAAAAAACCAUUGUCUUAA